GUUGCCUUCUAUUUCUUAAUUUCCCAAACCAAAACGCUACACAUUUUCUCCCAUUGCUUCUUUCAUCUUCUCAAUAACACCACCGACAGAAAAUAAUCUCACUAGUUCAUGAAAAUGGCCGUUGAUCACGCCUUCGCCCACGAGGAAAUGGUUAUCGAUGAGGGUCUAGGAUACCCAAGAGCCUAUGCAAAAAUAUGCCGGGACCCCAGUCUUGCUCCUUACAACCAUGGCCUUCCUUUCACUUUCAUUCCUUACGUUUUGCAGCAAAGUGAGAAUCUGAGAUCAAAGGAACUGGAAGAACUAUUCCCAGUUAUUGAUCCAAAGGCAAGGCCAACAGCUAAGCCAAAAAUCUUCAUCAAUCUCUUGUGGAAGCAGCUCAGUCAUUUAGGAAACGCCGGCUUUGAUCCCGAAGUAAUCCGUGUUGAUACAUAUGGCAAUGUCCUGUAUUAUCAUGCUGAUUCAGCUUCACCUCUCUCCUGGGACAUUGAUCACUGGUUUCCUUGUUCAAGGGGUGGAUUGACUGUUGCAAGUAAUCUAAGGAUAUUACAAUGGCAAGUGUGCAAGAAAAAACAUAACAAGCUGGAAUUUCAAGUUCCUUGGUGGGAUUUCCAGUUGGGGAUUUCUGUGAACCAGUUCUUGUCCAUUUUCGCUUCUCGAAACUCCGAUUUCAGGCACAGGGCAUUUUCCUUCUUGUUUACAGAGGGUGAAAAUGAAGAAAUAAAUGCUUCACAAACUGUGGAUUCACAUUCUUUCCCUCAGCACUUCAUGAAGUCGAAAGAUCAACACGGGCUUGCACCGGCUGCUGUUGUUGUAACUCGAAAGGAACUAUAUGAUUCUUCAUCAGCUUUGAAAUCACUGGAUUACAACAGGCAAAUAAGGCCACAGUCUCCUAUUAUUGCUGCAAGGAAAAUGAAAGGUAGCAUUUUGAAGGAAAAUGAAAACCCAGAUUUUGUUGCAAAUCCGUAUCAGGCUAUUGUCAUGGCCAGAGAUUCAUUGAAACAAAGGGAAGAAACAAACAAGAUGCAAGCCGAAAUCCAGAAGUUGGAUGCAGAAGUGAGUGAAAUGAGGAAGAAGAAUGAUGAAGAAAAGUUUGCUAUUCAAGACUUGGAAGCAGAACUGAUAAAGCGGCGGAGAAGGGCUGAAAAGUGCCGGCGGCUGGCCGAAGCACAAUCUUCAUACCGGACUAUGCUGGAGAAGAUGAUUCGGGAUGCCAUGCACCAGAGUGUUAUUUACAAGGAACAGGUGAGACUGAACCAGGCUGCAGCCAAUGCUCUCAUGGCAAGACUCGAGGCGCAAAAGGCAAUAUGCGAUGCAGCAGAGAAGGAACUCCACAAGAAAUUUAAACAACGAGAUGAGAUCGAGAAGCAGAUACGGCCCGAAUUGGAACACGCAAGGAAGAGGUCGAGAAUGGAUGAUACUUUCUUCGAAGGUCAAGAUAGCAGAACCGUUCUUUAUCUACCAGGAAUCAGGCCAAGUACACCUUCACACAAGGAGCUGAGAGUGUUUCUUGAGGAAGAACACAAAGCAUCUGUAGCUGGUUUAUCUUCAAAUGAAGAUCAAACAAAUAAAGAAAUCGAAGAGGAACUCACAAUUGCAGCAAAAAAUGCCUUCAAACUAAAGCGCGAGGUGCAUGAUAAAGCCAUAGCUGCAUUAGAAGAUGAAAUACCAAUUGAGCAGAAGUUUCAGAGGCUUGAAAUAAAAGAUGAGAGACAAGAAAUUCGAUUCCCCGUUGUUGAAGGAACUGAACGAGAGGAAGAUGAAGAGAGCCGGAGACAGCGAGGGAAAGGGAAUGUUGAUAAGUGGCUCCAAAUGCUGUUAGAGAACACUCAAGAAGAAUUGGACAAAGUAGAUGUAGAGGAAGCGACUGGAACAGAUGAAAUCAUAAAAAAUCUAGAUCAAAAGUAUCCACUGAAAGAGAAAGAGCUCGAUAUUAAAAUCCAAGAGCAGGCUGAUGAUAAAAAGAAGAAAGAAGAGAUUGUUGAUGCAGAAUGCAACAAAACACCAGGAAAGGAAAGAGUUCUUAAGAGGUCAGAGAGUGCCAGGGUGUUUAGAAGAAUCCCAUCUUCGCCAUCUUUGAUCUUGGGAGGUAUGAAGAAAGGAGUGGAGUGCAUGAGGAAGAAGCCAAUAGUAACCAGUGAUGAUGAACCAGAUUAUGCUGUGGGAAACAACUUCAUCAAAUCAUCCAUCAAAACAAUAAAGAAGGCAGUCAAAAUAUGAAGAUUUAUACCUGCGGAGCAUCUCUCUGACUUCUUGUUUGUUUGUUUUUUCCUCCAUUCUUUCAAUAUUAAGGUGAUUUAUUUUUUAUUUUAUGGAUCGCUAGAAGUAUCUCUGUCAGGUUGAAUAAUGAAGUGAGUCUGUAUAUAACAGCUUGUUGUGUUUGCUUAUAAAUCCUAGUAAGUUCGGUC